GCGGGACUUCCGGCCCGCGGUUCCGUCAGCUGCCUGUCCCGGGCGUCUCCCGCAAGUUCCUCAACUUCCCUCGCCCGUGACGCGGCGCCGGGCAGAAAUCCGCGGCGCGGGUCCCGAGCCAGGUAAUUCCACUGUCUACCAUUAGUUAAAAGAAGAUGGAUGCCCAGACUUCAGCCAAAGUCAAUACGAGAAAGAGGAGGAAAGAGACACCUGGACCCAAUGGGGCAACAGACAAAGAUGGAAUUUCUUCUAAAAUGCCACGCUGUGCAAUUGGCUUACGACAACCAGCUCCUUUUUCUGACGAAAUUGAAGUAGACUUUAAUAAGCCCUAUGUCAGGGUAACUAUGGAAGAAGCCAGCAAAGGAACUCCUUGUGAACGGCCUGUGAGAGUUUAUGCAGAUGGCAUAUUUGACUUAUUUCAUUCUGGUCAUGCGCGGGCUCUGAUGCAAGCAAAGAACCUUUUCCCUAAUACAUACCUCAUUGUAGGAGUUUGCAGUGAUGAGCUAACGCACAACUUCAAAGGCUUCACAGUGAUGAAUGAAAAUGAGCGCUAUGAUGCAGUGCAGCACUGCCGCUAUGUGGAUGAGGUGGUGAGGAAUGCUCCCUGGACCCUGACACCAGAGUUCCUGGCAGAACACCGGAUUGAUUUUGUAGCCCAUGACGACAUCCCAUAUUCUUCUGCCGGCAGUGAUGAUGUGUAUAAGCACAUCAAAGAAGCAGGUAUGUUUGCUCCAACCCAGAGGACAGAAGGCAUCUCCACAUCAGACAUCAUCACUCGAAUCGUCCGGGAUUACGAUGUGUACGCCAGAAGGAACCUACAGAGAGGCUACACUGCCAAGGAGCUUAAUGUUAGCUUUAUCAAUGAGAAGAAAUACCACUUACAGGAGCGGGUUGAUAAAGUUAAGAAGAAAGUGAAAGAUGUAGAGGAAAAGUCAAAAGAAUUUGUUCAGAAGGUAGAAGAGAAAAGCAUUGACCUCAUUCAGAAAUGGGAGGAGAAAUCCCGAGAAUUCAUUGGAAGUUUCCUGGAAAUGUUUGGUCCUGAAGGAGCACUGAAACAUAUGCUGAAAGAGGGGAAAGGCCGGAUGCUGCAGGCCAUCAGUCCAAAGCAGAGUCCCAGCAGCAGCCCCACUCGGGAACGCUCCCCAUCCCCUUCCUUCCGAUGGCCAUUCUCUGGCAAGACUUCCCCGCCUUCCUCCCCAGCAAAUCUUUCCAGGCGCAAGGCUGCCACCUGUGAUAUCAGUGAGGAUGAAGAAGACUAAUUUUUUCAUCCCUUCUUUCAUUUCCCCUCCUUCUGUUCUCGUCACCUUCAGAAGCUCUCUAUUGAAUUCCAAAUUGUGAUCCCAACACUAAACCUAAAAGGACAGCUACAAAGAAAAGACAAUGGGGGCAAAAGGAAUGGGAAGACCAGACAUCCCAUCCUCCAAGAGACAUCAUCCUCUCACACCAAGAUGGAGGCUGACUGACUACACCUUAGAAGCCUGUUCUGCAUCCAUAUACCUUCCCCAAGGACUUUGCUUUACUGUUUAUGUUCAUGUGAUCUUGACAGGGAAAUUGUCAUUUUUAUUAAUUUUUUUAAAAAUUAGUCUUUCAAAUGUAGUAAGUAGAACUAAUUUUUUGCCCUUGAGGAGUGGGCAGAAGGAAGUGAUAUAAUACCCGGAGGCCUCUUAAUCCUCGUACUUUUUAGUAUUUGCUUCGGUGUGGAGGCCAGUCUUUCAAGCAAUGAGCCAAUGGGUUAUGCUGAUGGAUUAUUUGGGAGGGAAUAUAUCAAAUUUUUGUUUUCCUUUAAAAAAAAAACCUAACUGCUGAGUCACAAAUCCCCUAAACAUACUUGCUGGACAUGUGUCAAUAUGACUGUAGAAAGGUGAUCUGAGCCUAUUUUUUUACUCCCUGAGGAGUUUCUUGUUAGACCCAAUGGGGUCCAUGAAGAUGCCCAUGGGGAUAGAACUAGAUCACAUGGCAUCAUCUGCUCUUUUUCAGCUAUAUUCGUCUUCUCAGAAAACUUUGUUGCCCGAUUAUUUGGGGAGCUUGUCAGUCUUUUUCUUCAAUCUGCCUUUAAAGGAAUGAAUAUUUUCAGGGUUACUGAUUGAAGAGGGGAGUGGGACAGCACUCAAUACCAUUACUAAAUCAGGUUAGAUUAGUGAUCCCUGGAUUUAGUCUCUGGCCCUGCUAAUCUUAUUUUGGGGGUCUCGCCUUGCUUUUUACAAGGAUAAAUGUCUAGACGUUGAACAUAAUCUGUUCAUCCUUGUUGCUCAGAGCCUUACUGAAAAUGAGCUCUUCACAAAACACAGAUGGAAAAACAUAAGGAAAAAUUCCUUUUCCGAAGCCUUAUCUCGACUUCUACUCCUGAGAGUGUUCUUGGCUGAAACCACUGUACCAUGGGCUUCUUAUCCUCUGAAAGUUGCUGUAGACAGAAACUGCCCUCUUCCUGCCCCUCCAGCGGGCCAUAGAGCAUGGUUUUCACAUACAAGGAUGAUAGGUUCUCUCCCUCUCCAUAUGUGCCUGGUGGUGCUGGUCCCACCUCCCCUGUCAGGUUGCCCAGCAAACUUACCACUUAAAUUUCACGUUAGAGAGUAUUGACUCUUCACACUUGCUGUUGAGCAUGAGCUUACUUCAAACCUCCAGCAUCCUACAGCUAUACAGCCUCGCAGAUCAUAGUCCAUCCAUUAUUCUGGAGUUGGACUCAGGAGGACAUUGCUUAUAUCCAAGCUUCUCCCAGUCAUUCAUAAAUACCCCUUGUGGGGGUGGAGUCUCAGUGUUUUCAGCUAAGAAAACCACACUUUAAUUUUCCAUGUCCCUUCGUUAAAGCUGUGAGCAUGAAAUUUCAUGGUACCCUCCCUACACACUGGUGAAAUCAGCUUUUACCUGAAGUCAGAGGCUUGAUCAUGCUGCCUGUAUUCCAAGACUACCCAGGUUCUUGAAAGAUCAGAUCCCACUGAUAAUCACAGCAGAGACACACAGAGGAGAACUACCUUUGGUCCUGAUGACCUAGGAAAAUGACCAUUCUAAAACUUUUCUCAUGAAGUGUGGUUUUUGCUAUCAACUCUGGUUUACAUUAAAUUUGACUUGGAAUGGAAAUAGCUGAAAUUAAAAUUUCCCAACGUUCCCCAGAUUCAAAUGAUCACUUGUUUUAACUUUCCUGCUACUGUUUCCCCUGUUGAAAGUUCUGCUUAUCUUAUCUCUGGUAUGGAAAGGCAGUGAAGUCACUGAUGAUGCCCACCUACUUGUUCCCUCAUAGUACAACUCUAAGUAUCUUUGGGAAGGGAGGCAUCUGUAGUCACUCCCUCCAGUGCAUUAUCUGGGUUAAUGUUUGUAUGGUCCUUGGCACUGUCAGUGACUGCCUAUGGCAUAUGAUCUACCUAUGAGCUGAUAAGCUCUGAGAGAUGGCCAGGGCCAAGAUGGGGGCACAUUUUUGGAAAAGUCCAACACCUCUGGUGAGUCCUUCCUGCCUCCAUCUUCUGAUACCAAAAUAUUUUACAUAAUUGUGACCAAAAGCAAGAAUUUUUAUGAUGUGUCAUGUUAGAGCCUUUGGAAUCAAGGUGCUGGGCAAAGAUAGGUGAGUGGAGGAAACUGCUGGAAUGAUGGGCUCAUUGAUCCUUUGUGCCUAACUAAAUGAAAAUAAAGGUUCAUGUACCCUCCAUGUCUAUGAUCUGUAAAUGUCUGAAUGGUACUACUUGAAGUUGUGGUCUUGUUCCUGAAUCCCACACAUUAAGCAGUCAUUCCUCGUAGACCAAAUGUGACUGAGAUGGGAGCAUCUUAAAAUUUGUUUGACCUCUGAGAAUGGAAGGAGAAUGGAAGAAGAUCUGUAGUCUGGAUGAGGAGAUGCCCUGCAGUUACCACAAGAAAAUUAGUUUUUUUUCAUACAUUAGACAAAGAGUUUCAUACAUGUAGGACAGAGUUGCAGUUUUAGAGGAGCGUUUAUAUUGCAGCUGGGGUCAGAAAGUUAAGGAUGUGUGGCCAUUGAAAAUCCUGAAGAAAAUGGAAAAUGGGAAGGAGAUAGAGCAAUUUUGACCUUUUGUGAUUGCUGACUUCUUAAGCAGCAUCUGAAUGACAUUUUCUUAUUUGAUUUGUCAGUUGAUCAGGCCUUCUCUGGAUAUUCUUUCUAGAAAUGACUUCUUACUGUGCUUUUGUUACUCCUCUUGGAGUAAUCUUGAUUUGUGGGCAGUUUUUGUCUUUCUGGAGCUCGUUGCUGUUUUAAUCAUGUUCCAGAUCCCAGGUUUAAAAUUUUAAACCAAUUAUAUUUCAGUAAUUUAAUUCCCUAAAAGCCAUAUUUCUAAUUUUUGUUGUCAUACAUUGUUACCAGAAGUUGAACAAAUAUGGCAGGAAAAAAAUGCUUCUUUAACAAUGUUUUUAACUAAUCGUAUUUUUUUUAACUUAUCAAGAUAAGUAUUUUUAAAGGUUAUAUUUUUCAAAAUCAUACAAUGAUUCUUUUUUUUCUCUCAUAGAUUAUCAAGGGAUAAAGGAUGGUCUCGUUUCUACUUUUUGAAAUAACUAGAACAUGUUCUUGGUAUUAUAUAUCUUAAUUUUCUUAAGAUUAUCUGUCUGCCAAAGUUUUAUAUUAGUACUCAGAUUGGGGUAGAAGAUAAAAAUGCCAUUGUACCAUGAGGAUAACUCCGGUUAUGUUCCUUUACCUCUAAAGAGGGCUUCCUGUCAUUCUUUGGGAGGCACAGCCUGACUUGGUUGGUUUGUAUUGGGGAAUCCUAUGAAGGAAGUGAAUCUUGCAAAGAAAUUCUGGGCCUUGGCAUGGAUGUAGCCCCAUCACAGUGCUGCAAGCCCUGGAGACAGUUUCAAUCGGUAUUCAGUGUAUCAAUUUCCUGAGUAUUAUUAGUUUUUUCAGUUAUUUUGGCUUUUUCAUCUAGCCAAAUAAAGGCAAAGUGAUUUUACCUAAUGCUCUAUUUCUUGUGAUUUUGAUCUGAACUACAUAUGUAUGAUACUUUUCAUGUGUUUGGACUUUUACCUGUAUUCUCAAUUCCUUUAUUUUUCCUUCCUGAUUUGUCUUGUUGAAAUCAAGCUCUACA